ACUAAACAUGAGAUUGGUCGGGAGUAUUAUGCUGCUGAGCGCGGUAUUUGUGGUCAGCAGUUGGGCCUUUAAUUUUCCCAACUCGAGCUUAAGUAGGAAUGAGCGUCGUAGCGCCGUCUUGUCAGCCAAGGUGGCCGAUGAGAUCAGCCGCGAGUUAUUAAAGUAUGUGCGUACGGGUGUUAGGUCGGAAAGGUUGAUGCAACUCGCCGCACAGCUGGGUGGUGCUCAUAGCCAGAAGGACAUCUUCACAAAAUCGAUGGUGCAUCUGAGCGAACGGGAUUCGUUCUUCGUGUGCACCAUGUGCCGAGCCACCGUGACUGUAGUGGCUCGCGUCCUCACCUCUCCACAUGGCGAGCUCAACGGCCCCAAUCGUGACGAGAAUGCCAAGAAGGUGAUUUUGGAUAUUUGUGACCUUUUCGAUGUGCAGACACCUGAGGUGUGCGCUGGCAUCUUUGAUCUCAACUGGCCCAUUGUGGACUAUAUAUUGAAUGAGACGAUUGCCGAUUCGCGUACUAUUUGCGGCAUGCUACCUAUACCGUUUUGUGAUGUAAAACAAGCCGAGUUCAAAUUCAGUCUGAAAAUCAAAGGUGAUCUGCCGACAGAGUCUAAGACGGACUUGCCUGUGCGCAGUCCCAACGAUCAUCGCAUUCUCCAUCUGACGGACAUACAUUACGAUCCCGAAUAUCUUGAGGGUGGUCUGGCUGAGUGCAGAGAGCCCAUGUGCUGUCGAGAUCCGUUGCCUGAAGGGUCCACUUCGACUCCAGCUGGUCGAUGGAGUGAUUAUCGUGACUGUGACACGCCACGCCGUCUCAUUGUCAAUGCCUUUGAGCACAUUCAGAAGAACCAGAAGAUAGACUGGAUCUACCAUACGGGUGAUGUGCCACCCCACAAUAUCUGGUCCACUACUAAGCAAGGGAAUCUGGAUAUGCUGACAGAAAUCGAUGAGCUACUGACCGAAUAUUUUCCAGAGAUACCCAUCUACUCUUGUCUCGGAAAUCAUGAAGCCCAUCCCACCAAUGUGUUUGGUAACGAUAGAGUACCCGAUGAGCUGAGUGUGAGUUGGUUAUACGAUCACGUUUGGAGUCUGUGGUCCAAGUGGUUGCCAUCUGAAGCAGAGUCUACUGUACGCAAAGGCGGCUACUACACUGUUGUUCCCAGCCAGGGACAUCGCAUAAUUGCACUCAACUCCAUGGACUGUUAUCUGUUCAACUUGUGGAUUUUCCUCGACGGGUCGGUGGUGUUGGAGCAGCUUCAGUGGUUCCACAAUACGCUUUUAGCUGCCGAGGCUGCCGGCGAAAAGGUUCAUAUUCUCAGCCAUAUUCCUUCUGGUGAUGGCGAUUGCUGGUCAACGUGGGCCCGCGAGUAUAAUCGCUUGUUGGAACGUUUCAGUGGCAUUAUCACAGGUAUUUUCAAUGGCCACACGCACAAGGACGAAAUGAAUCUGCACUACACGCCUGAGGGCCUGGCCGUGGCCAUAUCGUGGAACGGUGGCAGUCUGACACCCUUCUCCAACAAGAAUCCCAACUAUCGCAUCUACGAGGUGGAUCCAGAUAACUGGCAGGUGCUUGAACACGAGACCUGGAUCUUCAACCUGACAGCGGCCAAUGAGGGGAACAAUGAGCCUGAGUGGUAUCGGCUAUAUUAUUUCUCAGAGGCCUUCACUGUCAACACAAGUCCAUACGGCAUUGAUCAGUGGCUUCUGUAUAUGGCCAAGAAUCCUGACAUGCUGCGCAAGUUCUAUCGCUUCAAGUACAGCUACUCGGAGCCGGCAUUGGAUGCAGGCUGUAAUAAUCACUGCCUGAGUGCAACGCUUUGUCGCCUGGCCACCACCAACUAUCAGGAUAAGAAGCGAUGUAAGGAGCUGCAGGCUAUUCUAAAGAAAUUCCUAAAGAUUAACCAGUUUCUUGGGUCUAGUGUUCGUUCUUAGGCAUUUUAUUUAAUUGCUUUCCAUGGUAGUUCAUGUGUGGGUCUUAGGUUGUGAUUAGUUAUACUUUGUAUCUUAACAAGAGUAUACUGAGCUUGCGGUUCUUCUAAAAGAAUUUGGAAAACUUGAUCCCAGAGUAUUCCAACGUAUGUUCAGCAUGCAGAAAUGAAUGGUAUUAUCGAAGGUCCAUCCUGCAUGCAUAUUAAUGUAUAUAUUUGAAGGCAAGGAACUUCAUUAAUUAAAUUGAAGCUAACUCU